AUGUCUCGCUUUCACUCUUCUUCUUCCACUGGCAGUGCUCCUGGGGCUGCCAGUUCCAACUCUACAAACACGUCGGCCCCUCGCGGUCGUGGAUAUCAAGUUCCACAAACCUCUAACUCUCUCCAUCCCCCAUCCAUCCAUCCUCUCCACGUCCCAUACGUGUGUGACCAACAAAUGGAACCCUCUUUGGAUCCUUCAAACAUCCAUCCACCAUCUAACAGGCCUGGAAACCUAUCUUCUUCCACAACUUCAGCCUCUACGCAGGCCAAAAAAACCAAAAAAAAUUCUCCUUUGUCAUUGCGUUUGAUUUCUUCUUCUUCUUCUUCUUCUUCUUCUUCUUCUUCUUCUUCUUCUUCUUCUUCUUCUUCUUCUUCUGCAUCUUCUGCAUCUUCAUCUUCUUAUUAUUCAGACUCCUGUGGAUCUUACGAGUCGAUCGAUUGGUCGGCUCUUGAGAUCAAACCCCAUCCCAUGGCCUCCAAGCGCUACAGGUCCCCCACGAUGUAUUCUGACUCCAUCCAGGAGGAGCAUACAUCCUCUAACUUCAGCACCGGAUCCAGCGAUCACUUCCCCAUCGGCUCCCCUUGCAUCAAUGUAGGCCGUCUACUUGAUGUCAAGGCCCCUCCUCCCAGGCCUUUCGUCACUGACGAUACAUCGGACUCCCUGGAUUACCCCAUUGCCAAGGCCCCUUCUCCCAAACCCUUCGUCGCUGACGAUCCAUUGGAUCCCUUCUUGAAUCACCCCACUGCCCUUCCCUCCGGAUCUGGAAUCUCUACCCCUCCCCCCAAAACAAGGUAUGUAUUCCGUGAGGCCACCCCUAGCCCAGGCACCACCCCAUCUUCCAAGGAUUCCUUUUCGGCCCACCACACUGUCUCCAUUUCCUCCGGAUCCCCUUCCAUUGCCUCUAUUUCCUUGGACUCCUUCAAUGGCCAUUCCUGUUCCUCUUCUGUCUUAGCAGAAAAUUGUUCAAAUCCCCCCUCUCCUUCUCCUUCUUCUUCUUCCCCUCCCCUCCAGCUACCUGUAGUACACUUGCAGCCCCGCUUGUUCAGGUUAGCCAGACCCAAAACUUUCACCCAGCUAUAUCUGCAGCAGCCUCGCUGUUUCAGCCGAGCUAAACCCAAGACUUUUACCCAGCUGUGGUCAGAAAUGAUCCUUGAAGAGCAAGUCCUCGAAUCCCGAGCCCAUAUCAUCACACCAGUUCGACCUUUGAGUCAAAGUCCGGUGGCAACAUCAGACUCUGGUUGUGAAAUGGUCGCUCAAUCUCCUUUGUCAGACCCCUUCUGCAUAUCCCGAGAGCCCAGCCCAUCACCGGAGCCCAUCCCAUCCCCGGAGUCCAUUCCACUACCGGAGCCCGUCCCAUCCCCGGAGCCCAUUCCCUCCCCCAGUCCCCAACCCAUUCCCAGGAGAAACUUUAACAGGUUCCACGAUGCACGCCCACUUUCAUCCUCAUUCUCAUCCUCAUCCGAGGAUGAAUCGGACACCACCGCGGAUUAUCCCUCCUCCCUAGACGACGACCCCUUGGAUACACCGGAACCAGAAGCCACCCCAUGGACCAUUGCCCCAGUGCAAUCCUGGAUAUCCCGGAAUGCCUCGACCAUUAAAACGGUCACCAAAUGGACCCUUGUUGCAGCCGCAAUCAUCCUUCCAAAGAUCCUUUGGAAAUGGUAA